AUGAAUCUUUAAUAGCAAUUAAUUAGACUCAAGUUGAGAAAUUUUUUCACCCAAUAAAAUAUUAGAUAUUUUGUUCAAGGGCCUCACAGGUAGAUUUGGCCAUUUGAUUCUCAUAAAGUACAUGACAAAGAAAAGUUAAAAGAGAUAAAAAGGCUUGAAUUAGUUGCUCAAUAGCACCUAGCUGAAGAUAAAACAAGAGAUUGGAAGGGACACCAUCAAUUCGAAUGUUAAGGAUUCAUUAGAGAGGAUAAUGUUGAUGGUGAUAACUAUAGAGAAGAGAAGUAGGGUGUAAGUGGUCAGUAAUAAGAAUUGCUUAAUGAGGCUGAAAAUAUCGUGAAGCCAGGAGAGAAUCUUGCAUAGUCAAUUGAUAGACAGGAAAAAUUCAACAACAACUUGUAGCAGGAAUCAUAAUAGCUAUAUCCAGGAGACUCAGAAAAUACUAAAUCAUUUGCUUAAUAGAAAUCAGAAUAAUCUUCCAACAUAGAUUUCUAAAACCAAAAAUCUUAAGAUCAAUAAAGACAAAGUAAAUUUAAUCAAGAAAGAGGUGAAAGGGAUAUGGAAAGUAUCAAUAGAAACCAAGAUAAAAAGUAAAAAUAGAAUUUAAAUGCGAAAUAAUUUUAAAACCAAGAAUAAACCUAAAAAUAAGAUCUUGAUAAAAAUUAAGGAGUCUAAAGAGGACUUGAGGGGCACCCUGAAUCUGAAGUCAAAACUAUGGAAGGAUUAAAAGACAAAAAGCAGAAAAAUACUUAGUCUUAGUCAAAAAAGGAUUGGAAUGAAAGGCAAGUGAAUGAUCCGAAGAGUGCUGGUGACUUCCCAUCAAAAUGA